AUGGAGCAUCAGCUCAUACUCUCUGAGAAGCUGCGGUCUUAUGACAUGGCAGAUGCCAAGGGACGCAAGACUCUGGUUCAGAGCUUGCGCCAGAAGCUGAAGACACAGUUUGUCGACACGUCAAAUUAUGACGACAUCAUUGUGGAAACUAAAAUCCGAGAGUGGCUCAAUAACCACGCCUGCCAUGUGCAGGAGAAAGCGAUGAAAAAGCGUAUGCAUGUUUCUGGCAAGCCCAAUGCCUUCAAGGUGUGGGAUGCACUGGAGAGGGACAAGGAGGUGACUGAGGCCGUGCGAGCACUCACGGCAGAUAAGGAUUGCAAUGUCUCCAAGGUGUGGAGAGUCGCAUGGAGUGCCGAAUGGGCAAAACUGUCCGAGGAGGAGCAGAAGGUGUAUGAGGAAAAGGCGGAAAGUUGGUGCAAUGGCACUCUGGAUGAUAAGACGAAAAUGAAGCUGAGGGAGCAGCGAAUGAUGCAAUAUCUGAAGAAGUUUGCCAAGACUAUGUGGGACACCAUGGGCAUUCGCAUGGCAUUCAUGCUAGCAUAUCCGAAGGAAGCGGGGAGUCUGAAGGUAGAGAUGGUGGAGGUCAACCACGCCAUCACCAAUGGAACUCCAUUCGGGGCCUAUCCUGGGUGGCUGCGUGCUUACCAGCCUCUAGCAAAGGUGUUCUCUGAGUGGGCCAAAGGCGAAUACGGUGUGACUGAGACUACGGUGACGGUGAAGAAGACACCUGCCGAUUGCAUGCGGGCCAUGGACAAGAUUCAGUUGACGGCCAACGGUUUUCCUCUGCUCCCGUCGGUGCCCGAAGGUAUGGCGGAAGCGCCUCUCAAGGUGAUGAAGGUACAAGUUCGAGACUUCAUGAAUCAUCACUAUGCAUUGGCGAAGGGUGUUCGGAACUGCAAGUCGCCAUGGACGAAGCUGAACAGCAUAGACGACAUCAAUGAGGUUAUUCCAGCGGAGAUGCUACCUGAGAACUUCCAGUGGAUCGAUCCCUCAAAGAUGACAAGUGUUCCCUACUUCGACAAGGAUGGCGAAGCUGCUCCCGCCAAGUAUGAUCCUCUUCCACCACUUGACGGAUCAGCACAGGCAUUAGAAGAAGGAUCUGAACAUGAGGUCCAAGAAGCACUCACACCUAAGAAGGCGGGGAAGGCGAAGAAGAAGGGUAAACCUGUGCGCAAGGUCACGGGAAAGGCGGCAUCGAAGGCGACAAAGGGCAAAGCGGCCCCUGGCAGAGCCAAAGGCGGUGGGCGUAAACGCAAGAUGAAAGAUGCAUACGACUCGGAAGAUGAUGCCAGAAGCAGCCAAGACUCUGAUCGGAGUUCACCAGAUAUACCCAGCAUGGCUUCCGAAGAAGAUACGGCCAGCGAUGAAGAUUCAGGGGAUGGCGAGAGCGUGAUUGCGAAUAAAGUGAAGGGCAAGGCAGUUGCCACCACCAAUGGACGUAAGGCUAACAAUGGUGGUGCACCUCAAGCGAGUGGUAGCGGCGGUGCCAAGACGAAGGCAAAGCGAGGUCUCCAAGACCUUCCUCUGGGCGAACUGCACAGAUUUGACACAGAGGAGACCGAUGAAGCAUCGAGUGAACUGGAGCCCAGUACAAAGGAGCUCAGGCUUGAGCUUCAAGGCCGAGCCCCGCAUCUCACUGGCGGGAGUACUGUGGGGAGUACUGUGCCCCACCUCGUGAAAAGGAGAGACGUGUUUCUCGCCACCCUUUCCGUCGAACCGCGAUACCAGGAUAUGCUGAAGGAAGUCAAGAUUGCGACUGUGCCCCAGGUGUAUCAUUUCGCCAGGUAUGAUCCGAUUCCCUGGAGCGAAUGGUCGUAUGGCCAGCGCUACCUCCCGCCGUCAUUUCAUGCGGUGGACAACUUUGACAUCGUCGAGAACUGGUUGGGCGACAAACCAUGGCUGACAAAAUAUCGGUUCUUACAUCCACAGGGCGUACAACAAUCUGCACUCGUGAUUGGUAUGGCGCUGAGGGACCUCACACAAUCUCAGUUCAUUGAGGAGGGUGAACCGACCAACCUUCCCGACUAUGUGGUGAACUCGGCAAUCUCAUUUGACGCAGUAGAGCAGCUGCUUCGCUGUUGCGAGAUCAUUACCUUAGACAUGGUGGAAGGGAACGUCACCCAUGCCAUGGUGAAGCCAGUGAGCAAGCCUGCCAUACGCGGUGCCCCACAAGGUGGCGAUGGCCUUGGGGGCCAGGAGGAGCAGGAAGGUGAUGCCUCUGCAAGAACUCACGAUGGCGCUGCUACUGCUGCCAAAGUUCACAAGGCUCACCAGCCUGCCCCCAUGGCUGACAAACCAAUCAUUCCAAGUGGAGGAGACGAAGGGCCAAGCCAGGAGACCAGUGGUGGGGCCUCUGACGAUGGCGAAGAGGACGAUGCACACUUGUCCGUACCUAGCAGUGGUGCUGAACGACCGCCACCGCCUCCGUUUAUACCUAAGAUGAGGAAGGCCGCAGCCACGGAAGACCGUCCGUCAGGUCAAGCCAAAGCGCUCCAGGGAAGGUCGAUCACCGAUGCCCUUCAGAGUAAUAUCCCCGGCAGGAUCACUCGCAGUCAGCGUCAAGCGAUGGAUGAGUCGCCCGCCAAGAAUACCCGCAGUCAGCAUCCACUAGGAGCUGUGAAAGAUUUGAAGAAGCUUCCUGAUCCAAAGCGGAAACGUCAACCAGCACGUCCCGAGCCCGAUGGCGAAGACAGCUCUGGCGAAGACAAUCCGCCACCUCGGAAGCGUGGAUGUGGUACUCGGGACGAGUUGGUAGUGGCCUCGCCGAGGAAGAAGAAUGCGAGGGCCGAGGACUCGGAUGAUGGUGACAAGCCUCCCGCAAAGUGA